AUGGCUCGAGGGGCGUUGAUAAUCUUUGAAGGGGUCGAUAGAUCGGGCAAGUCGACGCAAAUCAAGCGUAUUUUCAAUCAAAUGCUUAAUAAAGGUGAAAAAGUGUAUCUGACACGUUUUCCUGAGAGGACAAGCGAAAUCGGACAGACCAUUAACGGGUACCUGACGAGCUCUAACAACCUUUCGGACCAAGCUAUUCACUUGCUUUUCUCCGCAAACCGAUGGGAACAUGCUCAGAGCAUUUUGAACUACCUGAACAACGGGACAUCAGUUUUGGUCGACAGAUACGCAUUUUCUGGUGUCGCUUUUACCGCUGCAAAGGGGCUUGAUCUCGAGUGGUGCAAAAAUCCCGACCGAGGACUUCCAAAACCAGAUCUUGUUCUUCAGCUUGACGUUGACGAAGAAACUGCAAAAAGCAGAGGUGGCUUUGGAGAAGAAAGAUAUGAAAAAGUGGAGUUUCAGCGAAAAGUUAGAAGCCUAUAUUCUCGGUUGAAAGAAGAACACAGUGAUAUUUGGAAGGUGAUCGACGCAUCUGGAACAGCAGAUGAACUGACACCUCAGCUUCAAAGUUUUGUUGAUGAAACUAUCAAAAACUGUCAAAAUAAUGAUAUCGAAAAAUUGUGGAUCAAUUGA